AUGGUGGCACCGACAGCUUCACAGAAAACUUUCGACUUCCGCCGCCUUAGCUUAGAGGAAGCACAAAGCAGCAACCGGUCGGAAUUUGGCGCCGGCUUUGUCAACUCCGACCCGGCCACGCCGCAAUUUUUCCAAGACACAUUUUUGGACUUCUUCAAUGGCCCUUUUGGUGAUGGACAGAAGCCCAUGGACGAUCCCUACAAUACCGGUGACCUGACCUACCAGACCGUCAUGCCUCAAGGGCAAACCACGAAUCUCGCAUUGCCCGCAGAUCAGUCUGUCUUCGAACCGGAGCGGCCGUUCGCAAGGGCUUUAAUACAGUCAAUAUUGGCAAGAGCGUGGCAGGUCCCGCUCGAUCCCAAAGCGCAGCAAGAAAUUUCUGCCAAUUUGAAUUUCAUAUUGACGACCGGCCGUAUACGACAGUUUAUCUCUCUUUAUUUCAAAUGCUGGCAACCCAGCUGUGCAAUGCUUCAUGUACCCUCCUUUGAUCCUGAGACUGUUCCCCUGCCAUUGCUAGCAGCGGUAGCUUUCAUGGGUGCAAUGUACAGCAGUGAUCAGCGGGAAACAUGUGUUGCCAAGAGAGUGUUAGACUUUGCAGAGCUCUUCGUGUUCUCGAGCGAUGUGUUUUCGGCUGAAAGCGAAGUCAGCAUUGUAUUCUCGGGUGGGCGGUGCUACAAGGAUGAGACAACCGAUUGGGUGAAAUUCCAAAACUGCCAGGCCGGUUUUAUCAUACUGUUGGCUCAAUACUGGGCAGGAAGCCGCGUUUCUAGGAAUCGGGCCAUGGAAAAUAGGUUCAGCGAAGUUGUCAAAGUCGCACGGAGGAUGGAGCUUGUUAAAGCCCGUCAUCUUCCAGACGAUCAAGGGCAUGAGCACUUGUGGAUCCAAAAAGAGUGUCGAGUUCGGACUGCUUCCAUCAUUUCAUUGCUUGAUUGUGCAUUCUUCUUUUAUCAAAACUAUCCAUGCCGCCUGACCCAAUCAGAGAUGGAAUGUGAUUUACCAAGUGAUGAAUCUGUAUUCUUCUCUGAACAUCCGUUCGCAGAGCCCAAGUUUUGCUUUUCGCGCGAGCUCACAAUCACCGCGGCUUUCGAAAAUUUGUUAGAAGAGACCGAGCUCAAACCCAUGGAUCUUACCGCGUUGGAUAUGUUUAUAUUGAUUCACCUCUUGUACUCCUUUAUCAACGCUCACAUGGCAACUCUUGGCCCUUUCAUACGCAUGGGUAAUAUCACAAAACCCGGGCAUCUCAUGAGUGAUCGCCCACAACAAGCCGAGUCCAUCCCCGAGGAUAGAAUUCUCGUUUCGGUCAAGAAUGGUCUCUCCCGCUGGCGUGAUUACUGGUUCGCACUCCGCAACAGGGUAUCAAAUGACGAGUGGGCUUCGAUGGGCUUUUACAAAAAUAGCUAUAAUUUCUGGCUAGUGUCGCAACUCCUCAUCACCAAAAAGGAUGCCGUUGAUGUUGUCAUGCGAAUGGAAGUGCACUGUGAAGAUAAAUUGGAGAAGUUGAAGGUUUUGCUCGACGAUCAAAAGGACUUAUAA